GUCUUCUCAGCGCCUCCCAGUCUCAGCUUGACUUUCGCAGUGAAUGGACGCAACUUGUGGCUCUCCGCUUGCAAAGAGAGUGAUCUGUAAACAAAUUAACCCCAUCUUCACCAAACUUUGUACGUGACCGGAGGUAGUUAAUGGCUAUUUAACUGCGUAUGACUAUCGUGCGUUAUCCAUCAAUAAAUACACAGGAAACAUGCCUCGUAUCCUGUCGAAAUUAAGGUUUUGGUCCAACAAAUCGUGCCAAGCCUGUAAGGGGCAGCCUACCCCGCCUCCAUGUUAUAACUGCGUUUUGAAAUUGGAAACGCCACCGCCCGCUUUCACGGCGGUCCAAGGGCAUUUCUUCAGCGAAGAUGACCAGUCGUCGCUGUACCCCUUCGCAGAGGAAUACACGUACCCAGAGGAUGCCCAGAUAGGAGAGGAGCUCCACCCGGGAAACGGAGAGCUAUGUCAUGGCCGCUCCUCGCCUUUCAACGAGGACGGCGUCCAUCAAGAACUAGAAGUUUUAGACUACACAGGGUAUGAAUUACCCAGGGAAUUGGGCAACGUAGCCUUGGGAUUUCUUCCGGACGAUCAGAAGCAACAACAUCAAGCAGUACUCGGCGUCCAUACCCAUGGAAGAACGCGACAUCCAAGCGCGCCUGUGCAUUCAAAGCGUUCACUGCACAGUGGAGUUCCGCGGGUGUCCUCAGCUUCGCGCCUGGAGUAUCUGAUUACCGGGAAUGACGAAGACGACAGAGAGACGCUCACCAGCUCCAACAAAUCGCUGCUAGCAGCGCUGAGCGUCCCAAUUAUGCAAAUGGAGGACCAGCUUUUGUUGCAGGAACCCUUGUCGCCGAGGAACAAGUCGCCUCUUCCUUCACAACUGCUUAUACCCGAGUAGAAAUUCCCCUGAAGGAACGAAGGGGGCGACAUAAAAUCACUCAACUGAGGGGGCUUCGUGGUCAGCGUUGAAUACGAACCAUAUGCCGGCUCAGAAUCGUAGGCCUAUAGCGAUUCCGGGCCGACUCAGAAUCGUAGGCCUAGCGAUUCCGGACAAGUGUUUAAAACUAACGACGCUCCGUAGAGCGUCGUCGUUGUUUUGUUUUGACGUUCGGGUUUAGCUUUUGCAAGGUGAAGUUUGACCUUCUAUCAUUCCUAGGCGUCGUAACAUGUACGCCGUGGGAACUCCGUGGUCAUUCAUUGAUGUGAUGUGGUGCGCUGUGGGUUUGUCGAUGCAAGUUAGUACAAAGGAAUCAGUGUAGAAUGGGCUUUUGUGGAUUUGGUUAAUUGUUCCUAGGUAUUAACUGCUACACAGUACAAAUGGAUCAUUAUAGAAUGGGCUUCUGUGGAUUUGCUUUACUGUGCCUAGGCAUUUUACUGUAACACUGCACAAGACACAAGAAUCGUGUAUUUUGUUGUGGAAAAAAAAAAUGCAUGAAGGCUUCACAUGCUGCAGUGACGGCACAUCUCGUUGUGGUGUUCUGUUAAUACGUCGAGAAGGGCAUCUGCUUGCUCUAAAAAAACUUUUGUACUUUUUUAGCCAUUGCUAAUAUCUAAGUUAUUUAUUUUUCUCAAUAAAAAUCUAUGUAAAAGGGA